UGUGUGUGUGUGUGUGUGGGCUGCAGGUUUGGGUGAAAUGGAAAUAGCAUGCGGUCGACCUCUGGGUUCGUGUGAAAGUCAGGGUUCAGUGAGGGUCAUGUUUUGGAGUCGUUUUUGGGGAAGAGACAUGGAAUGCAUUCAAGUAGCCCGGAGCCACGAAUACAAAGCUUCAGGAUCUAAAAAAUAUCCCAUUCAUCUACGGCAAAUCUGUCUCGCAGCGUCUCCGCCUGAAAGCUUCAUCUCCGGUCGUGUAGACACGAAUACCUCAGAAAGAAAUGUGGAAGACUUGUUUAGAAAUUCGACCACAGAGAUAAAAACAGAAAUGCGUGAGUCUGGAUCGGGGAAGGAGAGGUGACGGGGCUCACUGGUUGUUCCUGUCUCAAAGAGCUUUAUAUACAGUUUUUUUUACUAUGACGCUCGUGUAUUAUUGCUGAUUUCUGUAGGAAUGACUUAUGAAUGAAAGCUGCAGGACACACAUCACAUUUCUUUUCACUUCUGUCUUACUGCUGAAUUUGUGUGUAAAUAUUCUAGUUUCAACAGUUACACUGACUGCACAGAUUUAAAGGAGGAAACAGGAAACUAAGUGUGUAGAUUUCCUGCCUUACACUCAAUCCUCCCUGGAUUGAAUUGUCUGAACGAACAAGAGACAAGUCCAGCAUUAAAAAUUUGUUAUUAUUUUAUUAUUUUCUUUCCUGCACAGAAUCACAGGGGCAUGCGUUUGUGUCUACAUUCCCAACCUUAACCCAUUUUCAAAUUUGUUAUGGAAACAAAAAAAUGUCAUGACCUGAACACGGUUAAUAUGUUCUUAUGAACCUCUCAGCUUCCGCUUCACUCCAACAAUCACUAAAGCACACGUUAUCAGCUCUGGUCUGUCUCCAAGUUCCCUGAAUUUGUCAUGCACUGAAAUGUAACUUUAUAAUUGAAUGGGAUGUCUUUUUUAUAUUUAAUGUUAGAAAAGAAUUUCAACAGCAUUAACACCCCUCAUUUUGUCUUAUCUUCCUGUAUCUGUCAGAAUAAUCAAUACGUUAAUCAGAGACUUUAAUCUGUAUUACAGCAGUGAGCUGGUAAGUAUUCAGUACUGAUGGUCUUUACUACAGUUGAUGUUCUCCUACGGGUCUGUCGGUUACCGCUUGCUGUUCACUCUACAUGUUACUUUCUCAUAGAAAAUAAAUCAAAGCAACUGACAAAGGAGGCAAUGUGAACGAUCCAAGCCUGUAUAAAACGAGCGACCGGAGGGAAGAGGAAGAGAAGCUGUAUAGCAGUGACUUACUGUAAGAGCAGUUGAAGUUCAAGGGCCUUCCUUGGGGGCCCAGCAGUGGCCGUGCUGAGAUUUGAACUCCUGACUUUCUGAUCAUCGCUCUAACAUCUAACCACUGAGCUACCGCUGCUGUAUAACUACAUAACAGCCAGCAGAACGUUGACAUGGAUCGUGGUUUCUACAGAAAGGUGGAUGUUCCAGACCACGCUCACUACAUCGUGGCCGCCUUCGUGGCAGUCAUCGGGACUGUGGGGGUCAUCGGGAACGCACUGGUUAUGUACGCGUUCUUCUGUAACAAAAAACUACGCUCUCCACCCAACUACUUCAUUGUCAACCUGGCUGUGAGUGACUUCCUCAUGGCCAGCACUCAGUCACCCAUCUUUUUUGUCAGUAGUUUGUAUAAGGAGUGGGUGUUUGGAAAAACAGGGUGUAAGAUCUAUGCCUUCUGUGGUGCUUUGUUUGGCAUCACUUCCAUGAUUAACCUGGUGGCCAUUUCCAUCGACCGCUACAUAGUAAUCACCAAGCCCCUGCAGGCUAUCAGGUGGAAUUCUAAACGCCGGACACUUAUUAGCAUCCUGCUAGUGUGGGUUUACUCGCUGGCCUGGAGUUCAGCACCUUUACUUGGAUGGAGCUCCUAUAUCCCAGAAGGCCUCAUGACUUCUUGCACCUGGGACUAUGUCACAGCAACUCCAGCUAACAAAAGCUACACACUCAUGCUGUGCUGCUUGGUCUUUUUUGUCCCCUUGGGCAUCAUAUCCUUCUGCUAUGUCUUCAUGUUUCUAGCUAUUCGUAACGCAAGCAGAGAUCUACAGAGCAUGGGCACACAGAUGAGGAACACCACACUGGGCCAACAGCAAUCAAUAACAAGAGAGUGGAAACUGGCGAAGGUUGCCUUUGUGGUCAUUGUCGUUUAUGUGCUGUCCUGGUCACCCUACGCCUGCGUUACUCUCAUCGCCUGGGCAGGUUACAGCAACAUCCUGACGCCGUAUUCCAAAGCAGUGCCUGCAGUCAUUGCCAAAGCUUCUGCCAUUUAUAAUCCUUUCAUCUACGCCAUAAUCCACUCCAAAUACAGAGACACUCUAGCUGAGAAGGUACCGUGUCUGCACUUCUUGAACAAGCCUCCUCGUAAGCAGUGUGUCCCCGGUUCAGACAGUGAUUUUUCAUUAAGGAAUUUGGUGCUCAGCAUGCAAUCAUCAGGUUCAAGGACAGAUUUCCUCUCAGUGUCUUCAGUGUUUACUGGACCCACACAGGCUCCAUUGUUCAGGACAGCUAACCAGCUCAUUGAGAAGCAGGAAGUCAAGUUCAAGGACUACCUGGUUCAAGAGAAGCCGGCCGCCUUUCCAGAAGGAGUCUCGCUAAGCAUCUGUGACCGAGGUGUGGUGUCUGGUUCAGCAAACCUGGCCACCAUUCCCCUUCUCAUGAUGAGACCAGGAGAGGAUCACAAGGAAGAUAAUGUGCAGGAGGAACAGAUUGUGUCCUCUUAACAUCACAAGAGCUGUUGAAGACCUUCACAAAGACAUUUAUAAGAACACAGGUAUGCCAGAUAUCAUCAGCAGUCAAUCAGUCGUCAGGUCACAGAUGGAACGACCUGUCUGAGGAUACAAGCUAGUUGAAGGUGAAGAAUUGGAGGAUUGGCAGAACCAACCUGCUGACGGAAGAGCAGAAACUGUCCCCAA